CCAUUAGGAGUUUGCGUGUUACAUGGAUGAUGGGACCCUUGCUGCCGCCGGGGGGGGGAGGGGAAGAGGGUGAGCUGUGCGCCCGGGAUUGGAACUUAACAGUGCCUACAUACAUGUCUACAUGCGGCCGAGCAAAGACGUGCAGUGCAGUAUGCCAUUCUGCAAUCCGCCGGUCGUUCCCGCCUCCAAGCGGGCGAUCGAAAUGCUCGCUGUCGAGUUCGGCAUCUGGGCUGUCUCUCCUAUUUCGUCGUCGGGAGGAUCUUCCCACCCAUAUAUGAUGAUACAUACUUAUUUCUCUCUUCCUCCUUGUUUCACCCCCGCCUUCCUCCUUCUCCCUAUUCCUGGCAUAUUUCGGGCAUCCCGUGGAAGGGCAGACUGCCAGCAAGGUAAGCUGAAAAUAAGCUGGAAGAGCUCUAGGUCGUUGCCGACAAAAAAAGUAUCUGCCGGCCUGCUGCGGAUCUGCAUCCAGUCGGGUAGGGCAGUGUGCAUGCAGGGUGUGGGCUCGGGUAAGGGACGGCUGACCAGUGACGGUGCCAUGGUGGGAACGAGGUGGGAACGAGGUGGUGGGAUCGAUCUAUUCUCCCACGAGCAAGGAGUCGUCCAAGUACAUACGUAAAGAGUAAGGAGUAAGAGUAAAGCCCAAGUAUGACAACUCGAGGCAGAUUCUUUUGGUAGAAUGUUAUGUUGGGGGCGGCCCUUAACGGCGGCCAACUUGGAGUUGCCUUGGCAAAGAGGCUGAAGGGUUCCAGGCCGUCCCAAAAGUCGGCUGAACGUCUCAUCACCAAGGUUGUUUCGUCUCCGCCAAAGUGGACAUCUUAUCUUAGAUGUGUCCUCAUAUGAUAUGAUGGGUUGACGUUGAAAGAAGGGCAGAAAGCGGGGAGCAAAUGUGUGGGAGUAAGUGGAUGGGUCGCAAGGGUGGAAAGGGGGGGAAAGGGGGGCA